CCGCCGGAACAAGAGAUACUGGAAGAAGAGACGGGAAGAAGAGGAGGAGGAGGAGGAGGAGGAAGAGGACAGAGACAAGGAAAGCCUCGGUGCGGCUCGGAGCAGCAGUGGGAGUGAGGGAGGCGGGUGGGGCCUGAGUAGUCGGAGCAACAUGCGCUGCUCAACCCUACUGACCAUCUUCACUUUCGUGCUGCUCUACCUGGUUUUGGGCGCCGUGGUUUUCCGAGCGCUCGAGGUCCCCCACGAGACCGACCACUACCUGGCCCUGCUCAAGGCGCGAGAGGAGUACCUGGGCAACUACACCUGCAUGAGCCCCGAGGCGCUGCAGGGCCUCAUCGAGAGAGUUGCCGACGCCCUAGGGAAUGGAGCCGACCCCACAGUCAACGCCACCUUUACCACCAGCUGGGACCUAGCCAGCGCCCUCUUCUUCUCUGGCACCAUCAUCACAACCAUCGGUUAUGGCAACAUUUCUCCCAAAACAGAUGGAGGGAAACUCUUCUGUAUUUUCUACGCCCUGGUGGGGAUUCCCAUGUUUGGUAUUCUGCUAGCUGGAGUGGGUGACCACCUUGGUACCGGGCUUCGAAAUGCCGUUGCAAAAGUGGAGAUGUUUUUAAUGAAAUGGAAGGUGAGCCCCACCAUAGUGCGAGUCAUCACUGCAGUGUUGUCCAUCGCGCUUGGCGUGGCCCUCUUCGUGGCCCUCCCCAUAAUAGUCUUCCAGGAAGUGGAGCACUGGACCCUACUCGACUCUGCCUACUUCGUGGUCAUAACGCUCACCACCGUGGGCUUCGGAGACUACGUUGCAGGUGAGCAGGGUGUGGCCGGCAGUGACCACUGGUACAAACCACUCGUCUGGUUCUGGAUCCUGGUAGGACUGGCUUACUUCGCCUCCAUCCUCGCCAUGAUUGGCAACUGGCUGCGGGUGCUCUCAAAGAAGACCAGAGCUGAGAUGGAAGGUCUGAGAGCACACGCCACCGACUGGACCACGAACAUUCAGAACAUGUCGGUGGACUUCCGCAUGCCAAACAUGCCAACCAUGGAAGACCCUUUCAAGCGGGUGACCACCCGCCGGCGCCGGCGCCACCGUAGCCACGGCCACGGCGGUGACUCCGGUGGCGCCGGGGAGGGCGGGGACGGACGGCGACACAGAGGAGGACACGACGGCCAGCACCCGGGCAGCGAAUCGGGCUCGUCCUUCUACUCGUACUCAUCCAACGAGUCGGGAUCCGAGAGCUGCUCAGCAGACACGCAGACGGAGCGCAUGCACGAGGGCGAGACGGAGAGGGAGCGGUCGAGGAAACUCAAACCGCCGCCACCCAUACCCGCCACCGUGCCCAGCGCACCGCCAGCUCCAGACCCAGACCCGGCCACAACCACCCCGUCUCCAGGCGACCAGGGGAAGGAGGAGGGCCAGCCGCUGGCGGAGUACUUCGGGGAGAACCUGGCGUACAUCGACGAGUCCUCAGACGCCGUGAGCGGAAAGGUUCGCCUGGACCCUCAGGGGGACUCGUCCCAGACCAGCUCUGCUCGGAGGGCCAAGCGGAGGCGACCCAAACGGCCAGCGCCGCAGUACAGGGCGACACACAGGACGAGCCCUGGCCCUGGGCCAACGGAGAACGGGGAGCCAAUCGGGGACGUACCACCACCUCCCACAUCCACCGCCUCUCGAAAACCCCCUCCUGGUCCACCGAAGCCUUAAGCAAACCUCAAUCGCCAUGGUGUCUCUCUGUUGGGAGUUUGCGGUUAUACUCGUGUCUCUUCUCAUUUGCAACUGGCCACACAACAACAAGGAAGUCCUAGAAGUUUAAGUAGUGACAUGAACGAUGGGGUGUCUCGGCAAGACAAGCUUCAGCAAGCUUCAACAAGACAAUCAGUGAGUGCUCACAUAAAAAAAAGAAACAUGUAAUCCUGAUGAUGCAGAAACUUCUAAUCCAAGGAGAAUGAGACUUCCAAUCCAAGGAGUCAAUCUUGAAAAAAGACAUUAUGGACUACACAGGCUUUGCUGGAUAUCUGACAAUUCAACACUUUCAGGUCCUCAAGAUGUGGCUGAAUGGGCUUUGCGCAUGAGGUGGGACUGAAAAGGUCAAAAGGUCGAAAGACAGUCCAUUGGAAACUGACCUUCAUGGUGCACUAACAUAAUACGCAUGAAAUGUCCUGCCUUCAUGGGAAUGGCAGGAAGAUCAGCAUUUCCCUAUGUAGCAGUCAGAGGCUAUUUGCUGCUAAAAUGUGCAUAUAUGGUGAGAUGAGCACGAUGACGUCAGAGGGCGGACAAACUGGAUUGAGAAAGUAAAAACAUCAGAUAUUCCUUCUGCCUUGUGCAAAACAUUAUUUCUGCCUUGUGCACCUCAUAGGUGGUUUCACUAAAUAGCUCAUCUACCUGGAUGACCUGGUGUGGUAUUUAGGAUCAGCAGGUAAAUUGAAUUGGCUGGAGCAAAUAUAAAGCAGCAUUUUCACUUUCUGAACCCGGGAUGUCCACCCCUGGAAAUACUGUCAUCGAGUCGGUAAAUAGGUCAGUUAUCAUCAGGGCCUCCACAUCUCAGGUUGCAGUACUUUACAGCCAAGAUGGCCGCUAGAGGCCAUGCCAACUAUCCUCCAAAUGUUUCCUUUUAUGCUGACUCGAAGAUAAAAACUAUGCACAGUACACUGUACAUGCACUUACAAUCCUCUUAUUUUAAAAGGGUUCAUACUGAAUAGUCAGCAGGACACAACAAUAGAGAGAUGAUAGAUUUAGGAUUAGGAUUUAGGUUACCUUACAACCUUAUGUGUGAAAUGGCUUUUAGUUUUUUUUGUUUAAUCUGUUUGCUUUCUGCAGUUUAAAUCAAAUGAGUGCAAGAUACAAGGCUGCAGCCUCAAAAUAUAACGUACAACUAGUGUGUUUGUUUAAUUAGCAUCGCUAGUCAAGCACUUACUAAAGAUAGCCUACACCCUGACAGUCCAAUUUAUAUGAAAGUCUACAUUGUUUACACCAUCAUCUCUGAAUAUCCUACUACGUACUUUACUUGUUUGCGCCAAAAUGCCCUGUGCCUCUACACCCAUAGUCUUUUUCAUUUUUUGUUUGUUUUUUUGUCACAUUUACUUUUAUACUUAUAAAAUUACACAUGACUGGUAUGAUUUUAUUUAAGUGUGAAAAGAAAUGUUCACUAUGCCCUAAUGUGAGGUGUCAUGAUGAUGGUUACUGGAAGAAGGAAAAAACGUCUGAAACGUGUAAUGUUUCAAGGCAAACAUAUACAAUAGCCUGCAUGUAAUUUAUACUGAUUAUAGAGUUUAAAAGCACUUCCUAACACAUUGUGUCUAAUCUGCAUCUUCAAUGCACUCAGACUAUUUCAGAGUUGACAUACAGCUAUCACUAACCAGGGAAAGGGGAUAUUUGAGUUAUUCACUACCACAGCAAAUGUAUGCAAUUUCAAGAUGUCGGAAUGUUUAUAAGAGUUUUUAAGAGCAAGUAUUGUUUUCCGAAUGUUUUACUUUACUACUGUGUGCUUUGUUUUUGUUACUGUGAAGAUUCAGAAUUUAUAUAUUUUUUGUAAGAUGUAACCUGUAAUGCCUGCCACUUUUUCUGCACGUUAACAAAAACGCAAACACAGAAGCUGAAAUAUCACUAUUGCUGGGUAUAGCCACUAUGGCAAUGUACUGUGUUAGAUAAUUACUAAACCGACUUUCAACUGCUUGUGUCUGUCAUCAAAUGCCUUGUUUACGUGUAUGUGGAUAUUUUUAAAACCAGAUAUUGUUAUUACAUAUAUGUAAUAAUGUAUGUUUAUUACAUUUAUUACAUACAUGUGUGUCAAGUGGAUUAAUGAAAACAAUAGCAUUGUGACAAGUGCAUUUUAGAAGUUGCCACUUAACACUCAAAAAUAUACAUUACAUGGGGGCUAAAACUGUGUUGACAUGUAAACAAAAGGCCCAAAUGUAUGCAUUUACACAAAUAUCCAUAUAUGUGUAAACAGGCUCUAAAAUGAGACAGACAACAACUAAUAGUUUACAGAAGUCUUGGUUCCUUGUAUUUUUAAAGGGUGCCAUAGUACCUGUAUUUUAUUUAAUUAAAUCCUAAAGUAAUGAU